AUGGCUCCCGAAAAGAGGAACGAGUUCCUCGACGCCGAAGACAGCGACGACGACCAGAGCCAGGGCUACGAUUCAGAAGCCGAAAACCUGCAAAAAGGCGGCCGCACCUCCAAGCGCAGAAAGGUCGACGAAUCCGACGACGAAGACAUCCUCUCAGACAACGAGUCCGUACUCCCCAGCAACGCCCCCGACUCCGAGGCCGACGACGAUGCCGACAACAGCACAUCCAAGUCCUCCAAAAAGUCCAAGCCGUCCCUGCCCGCGCCGGCCUCCAAGGCCCUCUCUCACAAGAACCUCAUCGCCUCCGAGGCCGCCAUCCGCAAGUCCGGCGUCGUCUACCUGUCCCGCAUCCCGCCCUACAUGAAGCCCCACAAGCUGCGCACGCUCCUGACGCCGCACGGCGCCCUGAACCGCGUCUUCCUCGCGCCAGAAGACCCUGCGGCGCACACGCGCCGUGUGCGCGCCGGCGGCAACAAGAAGCGUCUCUUCACCGAGGGCUGGGUCGAAUUCGUCAAUAAGAAGGACGCGAAGCGUGCGUGCGAGCUUCUCAACGCGCGGCCGCUGGGCGGCAAGAAGGGGUCGUACUACCGCGAUGACAUCUGGAACCUACUCUAUCUGAAGGGUUUCAAGUGGAACAACCUGACGGAGCAGAUUGCGGGCGAGAACGCGGAGAGGACGAGCAGGAUGCGCGCCGAGAUUGCUAGGACGACAAAAGAGAACAAGGAAUUUGUGGCCAACAUUGAGAGAGCAAAGGUUAUCGACGGUGUCAAGGCGAGCAAAGAGAAGAAGAGGAAGAGGGCGGACGGCGAGAACGGCGAGCCGUCGAAGGCUGGGGGUGCGUUGGAAGAGAGGCCGAUGACGUUCAAACAGGUGUCGUUGGCGAAGAGGAACACGGGGGCAGACUCGCAGCCGGAGCACGUCACAAGGGUGCUCAGCAAGAUCUUCUAA